ACAAAACCCUGUCUCUAAAGAGUGUAACCUGAGCAGUGACCGAGGCGUUGGCCAUAGAGUGGCACUAAAGGGGGUUGAUACCACUUGGCAUGAUGCUGGACGACAGCCCUUGCUCAUUGUCAAAGGGACUGCUAUUCACAAUGGAGAAAACGAUGAAAUGCUGCCAUUAUAAUGGGGACCAAAGGGCCCUGUGGCAGUCCGACACCUGAUCUCCUCUUUGGCUCUGGCUUCCUUUUGUCCCAGUAUUUCAUAUCUGACAUAUCCACAUACCCGAAAGCAGUUGGUGUUGGAGUAGCGAUGGACCUGAGGCUCGGCGUUUAUGUGCUCAGACAUGGGGAAUAAACAGACCAUCUUUACAGCACAGCAGCUAGAUGCCUAUCAGGACUGUACAUACUUUACAAGAAAAGAAAUUCUCAGGCUGUUCUACCGCUAUCGGGAUUUGGCACCGCAGCUUGUUCCCCUUGACUACACCAACCACCCAGAUGUGAAGUUACCAUAUGAGCUGAUUGGCAGCAUGCCAGAGCUGAAGGACAACCCAUUUCGUCAGAGGAUCGCUGAGGUUUUCUCUGAGGACGGAGAGGGAAACAUGACACUGGAUGACUUCUUAGACAUGUUUUCGGUCCUGAGCGAGAUGGCUCCACGGGACCUAAAGGCCUACUACGCUUUCAAAAUUUAUGACUUCAAUAAUGACGACUUUAUCUGCAAGUCAGACCUGGAGAAGACGCUGAACAAACUGACCCGAAACGAGCUGACGGAGGACGAGGUGAGGAUGGUGUGCGAGAAGGUGAUAGACGAGGCCGACCUGGACAAUGACGGACGUCUAUCGCUGGAGGACUUCCAGCACAUGAUUGUCCGAGCCCCAGACUUCCUCAGCACCUUCCACAUAAGGAUAUAAGGAAAUUAAACAUACAUGCACAUUUGUUAAGCUGAACAGCCCCAACAGAUGGACUGAUAAUACUGCAUAACGUCUGGAAAGCAGGAAAAAUCCUGGCAUCUGCACGAAAAACUGCUAAUGCAUCUUGCAAAUGCCUACAGUUUUGCUCAUUUGUAUUAUUUUCAAAAAGAAAAUGUAAUCAAAAACACCCUCACAGAUUUUCACAUUUAGCAUUUAGCAAAUAUUAUGAGAAUCUGUGACUUGGUCUGGUCUUUUAAGGAUGGGAAAGUAAGGCCCAGGUUCAAAAAUCCAAGUUAUCCUUUAAUGGGAACAACAGCUUGGAUUUGCUCGCCUUGUGCUAACACAUCCGAUUUUUCCUUUUAUUAUUCAAGCUGUAGAAAUAACACCAGUCAUGGUGUGACUGCAGGUCUAUCAUUAGGUGGAAGCAUCAGCCAAUCCAUCAAGACAAGGCUCAUUAGUUAUGACCAUCAACAGUAGAUUUGUGUUUUGUAUCUAAAGGGAUUCAGUUACACCAGACUAUAAAAGAAACACAUGCCAGAAUAUU